AUGGUUUAUUUGGUAAAAGUCGAAAGAGUGAUAGUGUAGGCUAUCGACACAAAAACCAACGAGAAAGUGACUAUAAAGAAGGUGUUUUAAGAUAGGAGAUACAAGAAUCGAGAACAUCUCAUAAUUUCAGAGUUGAAUCAUCCAUGCAUUACAAUGCCAAAAAUGUUUAUAUUAAAUUUAAUGUACGCUGAAGAUAUCUUAUUGAAUUUAGUGAUGGAUUACAUCUCUGAAACCUUAAGCAAGGAGAAACGCAAAUUCAAAAUCACUAGAACCAUUCCCCAGUCAAACACUUAAGAUAUACAGCUACCAAAUGCUGAGAGCCAUGGCCUAUUUUCAAGGCAUCGGCAUCUGUCACAGAGACAUUAAACCUCAAAACAUAUUAGUAAACCCUACUAAUCAUGUACUGAAAUAUGCGAUUUAGGAUCUGCCAAUAGAUUGAUGGCUGGAGAAUCCAACGUUGCCUACAUAUACUCCCGAUUUUAUAGAGCUCAAGAAUUAAUAUUUGGAGCCACUGAAUACUCUACUGCCAUCGACAUUUGGUCUAUUGUUAUUGCCGAGAUGCUCACUGAAGAACCCUUGUUUCCAGGAGAAAGUGCUACUGAUUAAUUGGUUGAAAUCAUCAAGAUUUUGGGAACACCUACUAUUGAUUAAAUCAAAAAUAAAGUUUCCUUAAAUUAAGUGUCAUCCUUGGGCGAAGGUAUUUGGUAAGUUUAAGCCAGAACCUCAUUUUAUAGAUUUUGUCAAUUGAAGCCAUUGGAGACUUUGUUCCAUCCUUACUUUGACGAAAUUAGACAGCAAGGUUUUGGAGAUGGAAACACCAAGUUGCCUAAUUUCUUCGAUUUCUAAAAGGAGGAAUUACAAAUUCAACCUGAAAUAGCUCACAAACUGACACAAAGUUGGGUUAAAAGUGACUGA